AUCUUGAACCUUUUUUUGUUUGCAGGGAGCUCGCAGAACUUCACAAAACUCACGCCAGCAGGGCCAGUGAGGCGGAAGAGGCGGCGCUGAGUCGGGAGAUGAAGGCCAAGGAGCUGCAAAGCUUGGCCCUGGAGAAGGCCCAGGAGGAGGCCCGCAUGCAGCAGGAGCUUCUGGCCAACCAGGUGGGUGACCUGAGAUUGGCGCUUCAGAGGGCGGAGCAACAGCAGGCGAGGAAAGAAGAUUAUUUGAGGGAGGAGAUCAGCGAAUUGCAACAGAGGCUCCAGGAGGCGGAGUCGAGGAACCAGGAGCUCAGCGAAAGCGUGACUUCAGCAACGAGGCCCCUGUUGCGUCAAAUUGAGAACCUGCAGGCCUCGCUGGGUGGACAAACGGCAUCCUGGGAAAAACUGGAACAGAGCAUCUCCGAUCGGCUUGUCGAAGCCCAGGCGCAACUCGCCGCCGCAGUCGAGAAGGAACGCGCGGCCACAGAAGACUUGCUCUCCGUUAAGUGCCAGUUGGCCUCGCUCGAGUCCCAGAAUUCGCUUCUUCGCCAGGAGAAGGUUCGGCUCCUGGCACUCGCGGAGGCUGAGAAGAGCAGAAGAGAGAGAUUGGAAGAUGAAAGCAGCAGGUAGUCAAGUGCCCGUUAAAAACGUUCAAACCUACGAGGUUGACCGUCAAUUCAUCCACUC